AUGGCUGAGGAACCGUCGCUUCCGGCGCUUCCCGCUGUUUCAUGGAAUGAACAGUCACAAACCUUUGCCAAGGGCUCGCGGAAGCGCCAACGACCAGUGCAUUCAAACACGGGCACAACCGCUCCAGGACUGUACAACUCGAGUGACCCCGCCGUCUUCUCCAGCGAUGACGAUCCCGGCCUGGACAACUAUGUCGGCGGUCGACGCAAGCGAAAAUAUGUCGGGUCAUGGUUUCAGCAAUUUCCGACAUCUUCAGACUCGACAUUCAGCGAGGCUCAGCAAGUUCUACCGCGGCCCAAGCGGGCCCUGAGGCGACAGCUGGAUAGCGGCGUGUUUCUGGGCAGCGAUGGCGCAACCGACAAUGAAAGCGUCCCUGAAAUGGUAGAGCUUCCCAUUCAUAGCAAGUUUCCGCGCAUCGAGCGACCGCCAGUUCCCAUGUUCUCCGAGUCUGAGCACGUGGCACAAGAAAAGAUUCGCGAAUGCCUGGAGCAAGGCAACGAAUCCAUAGAUUUCUGGUCAAUGGGCUUGGAAGACCUCUCCAACGAAACCAUGACACCACUUUCUCAGCUCUCGUGCAUCCCGCAGGUUUCUAGGGAUGUCGCAUUCGAACAAAAGGACCCAGAACUCAAAAUCUACCUCGCCAGAAACAGGCUGUGGCGUCUGCCCGGAAGCCUAUUCGACCUGACCUUUCUUACCGUGCUGAGCCUUCGUGACAACAAACUCACGGAAAUUCCAGCAUCCAUCGCAAAGUUGACCAAUUUGAGAGAGCUCAAUCUUGCACAGAAUAAGCUACGCACUUUGCCGCCCCAACUUCUCGAUCUCAUUGGUCCCACUGGGCGUUUGAAAAAGUUGAUGUUAUUUCCAAACCCUUUUGCGCAACCAGAUCGAGCAAUUGGUGAUAUCUCAGAUGACGGCAAUAUGGAAGUGCACGAUUAUAUCGUGAGCAUGCGCGUUGGUGCAACACGACCUGCUAUUCUGGGUCGAUUUCUCGGGCAGACUCCACUGCAGCUUACAACAUCCAAGGGCCGACGUACUUCGAGGUUUGCCUUGUCGUUUGAGUAUGAAAAGCUUCCUAUCGAGCUUACCAGGCAGGAGAUGGAUGAUGGCAGCAACGAAGUGGUGCUCGAGGGCAGAGAGGAUGCACUCGCCGCAAAGCAAAGCCGUGUGCCUAGCCUGGUUGAGGUGGCUCUCCGGGCUUGCUACCGCAUCCCCAAACCAGAGGGUCUUGCGCAGUACAUUCCCGACGAGCUGCAUCAACUGCGCACUUUGGUGAUUCAGACUGGAAACCAGAAGCACUCGGGAGGCGUCACCUGCAGCACCUGCCGAAAACUAAUGGUGAUGCCGGCCGUCGAGUGGGUUGAAUGGCGCGACUUGCGCACUUGCUACUGGCUGCAGGCAGGCGGCGGUCGCGACGUUGAUCCAGGCCACAUGGCGGCGAGGUUGAUUCCUUUGAGCAGAGCACAGGAGGAGAUUGCUGUGCCAUUCUUACAUCGCGCAUGCUCUUGGCUUUGCGGUCCGAGGGCAAGGAAAAUUGACCUAGGAUGGAGUCGAGACUUUGAUAUCAAGAUUCUAGAGCAUUGA